GAUUGUAUAUAUGAUGAUGAACCCCUUGGAUUCGAGCAAUCUUUAGAUCCCAUGUUAAAAAUGCAGGCUCAGGAUCCUUUGGAGGAGGUUGAUUUAGGAGAUGGGACCAAGAAAAGGCCGACGUAUGUAAGUUCGUUGAUCGAUUCGGGUUUUAAGAAUCGGAUUGUUAGUUUGUUGCAGGAAUACAAAGAUUGCUUCGCAUGGGAUUAUGACGAAAUGCCGGGUUUAAGCCGGGAGUUAGUGGAGUUGAAGUUACCAAUUCGGCCUGGUAGGAAACCAGUGAAGCAAGCCCCAAGGAGAUUCGCCCCGGAGGUGUUCUCAAAGAUAAAAGAGGAAGUGGAGCGCUUACUUGGAGCAAAGUUCAUACGAACAGCCAGAGGAUGAUGUGUCGAAGACUGCAUUUCGGUGUCCAGGGGCACUAGGAACAUAUGAAUGGGUGGUGAUGCCGUUCGGUCUUAAAAAUGCCGGUGCAACUUAUCAGAGGGUAAUGAACACUAUCUUUCAUGAAUAUAUUGAGAAAUUUAUGCAAGUGUAUAUCGAUGAUAUUGUAGUAAAGUCGAAAUCUCAGGAUGUUCAUAUCGAACAUCUUAAGUUGUCAUUUGAAAAAAUGAGAAAGUACGGCUUGAAAAUGAACCCACUCAAGUGUGCCUUUGGUGUAAUUGCAGGGCAAUUUCUGGGAUUCAUUGUUCAUAAGAAGGG